GAGGGGAAAGCUGUGAUGGAGCUCUGGCAUCAGCCCAAGGUCAAUCAGUCCAGCUUGGCAGCAGGUGGAGAUAAUGGCGAUGACCGGUCUGAGAGCAUCCUUGCCGAGAACCAUGUGGAUGGGACCACAGGGAUCCUGAGCGGAGCUGGUGGGAGGAAGCCCAUAAAGUCGGGCAUGAAGGAGCUGGCAGUUAUGAGGGAGAAGGUGAACGAGCAGCAGCGGCAGAUGGGUAAAGUUGGCAAGCCCCAUCACAACCAUGAAGACUCGAAAAAGUCGCGGCUGUCGACGGGCAGGACCCCUUGUCAGCAGGAGCUGGAUCAGGUCCUGGAACGUAUCUCCACUAUGCGGCUGCCAGAUGAGCGAGGUCCCCUGGAGCACCUCUACUCCCUCCACAUCCCCAACUGUGACAAGCACGGCUUGUAUAAUCUCAAACAGUGCAAGAUGUCAGUGAAUGGGCAGCGUGGCGAGUGCUGGUGCGUGGACCCCAUCCACGGGAAGGUGAUCCAGGGUGCACCCACCAUCCGUGGGGACCCUGAGUGCCACCUCUUCUACACAGCCCAUGAGCAGGAGGACCGGGGAGCACAUGCCCUGCGGAGCCAGUAGAUGGACGUGAUCCCACUCGCUGGAGGCGGCUCGCCGUGGCCCCAGUGCUGGAUUUUACAUGGGUUUCAGCAUGUCUCUUUAGGCUCUGGAAGAGACUGGGGUUGGGUCCUGCGUGCUGCCCUCCUUCCCCUGCUGCCCGGCUCCUGGGGAGGGGAGGGAUAAUGGGAGGGGAAGGGCGGUGGGGGGGGUUGCAGGGAGAAGGGACUGCUUUCCUAUAGUCUUUCACCCAACGUAAGCCAGAGAACCAGUCUUUUUUGCUCCUCACCCUGUGGCCCUGCCCUCCCUGCUGCUUCAUGGCAUCUUCUCACACCCUCCAGCACAGACCGCUGUGUGCUCCCCAACACCUCCCAGGGGGCAAAAACCCCUCACCAUGGGCAGGAGUGGAACAAAAAACAAAGGAAAAAACCCACCCUUUCCCCCUCUUUCCCUCCCUUCCCCAAGACCAAAGACUGUAAAUACUGUCGCCUGCCUCUUGCGUCCUGCCGGUCCCCUGUGCCCCAGCCCAGCCAUCGGUCCUGGCAUGGGAUGCAGUGUGGGAGGGAGGGAAGGAGGAAAGACUCUAGCUUCCCAGCUGGAUCAUGCUGGUGUGGUUGGGACGCAUCCCCCAAAGAGGCAUCAGUGAGGGAAAGGGCUAAGGGUGAGAUAGCCCCCUCCAAAACACCCCUGGGUGCUUCCUCUCCUGGUGCUGGGGCACAGCCAGCCCCACAGGGACCCAGCUCCAGCCACUGGUCUGGAAGGACAGGGCCUUUGGGUGGCGGUGAAGCUAAAUGCUUGGUUUUCCAGGGGAUUUGAAGGGCUGUUGCCCAGUAUUUCUUAGGAACAGCUUAUGGUGAGGGAGCCAAAGUGAACUUGCUGGGGCUGGGUGGAAGGAUGCCUUUGUAGAUUUAGGAUAACAAGCCAGGGAGUGUUUCUUUCUUUCUCUCUCAUUCAUUCUUUCUUUGUUUCUAGAUAGAAAAAAACCCAUCUAAAACCUGCACUCCCAAGCAGCUGCCCUUGUCCCUCAUUUUUGCUUGGGACUGGAGUGAGCAUCUGCUUUUCAGCACACACUUUUUCUUUUUUUUUUUUUGUAAGUAAAUUACAGUAUAUAUCUUGCUUUGUAAAGGCCCUGACACACAUGUACCCCUCUGCCCACAUACACAUUUGUAUAGAUUAAAUCCCAAGUGAUUCCAGGCGCUCUGAGAGGUUUUGCGCUGGACAUGUUGCUCUGAGGAGAGAUGUGCCUCUGCUUUAUUUCGCCUGUUGAUUUCUUUCUGUACAGAACACACCAAUGCUGAGAAUAAAUAACUUCCCCAUUGCCUAAGCAA